CAAGUAGAUAAAGACUCUUGAGACCUAAAAACAAUCAAGUAGAUAUAUAAAAAAUAUAAAGAUAACAAAAGUUUUAUAAACAUAUUACUCCGUACAAUUUUCCUAUAUACACAAAACUACCAGAAAAAAUGUAUCCACAAUAAUACUUGCAAAAAUAAUCCAAAAUGGCAGAAAAUAAUUGUGUUUGGCUUAUACUGCUAAUUCUUGUAGUGGCUAUUCCUGGAGUUUAUUUCUUUGUAAAAUAUCAUGAUAAGCUUCAUAAACCCAACUCCAUUACAAACAAUAUCAACUUUAAUGCCACAGUAUCUCUAGAUGGAGAUGGGGAUUUCACUACAAUCUCAGAGGCUAUCCUCUCUGCUCCAUCAUACGCCUCGUCGCGGUUCUACAUUCGGGUUUGCUCUGGUGUGUACAAUGAAGUUGUGAUCGUACCUCAAAGCAAGACUAACAUUGCAUUAGUUGGGGAUGGAGCAGAAGUCACCAAAAUAACAGCUAAUCGUCGGAUUUCUGAAUUUUCAACUUCAGAAACUGCCACCUUCACUGUUUUAGGUGAUGGAUUCAUGGCACAAGACAUAGCUUUUGAGAACAAUGCAGGAAGUGAGAGUGGGCAAGCAGUAGCACUUCUAUGUUCUGCAAACCACGUGAUUUUUUACAGGUGUAAAGUCAUAGGGUACCAUGACACUCUGUAUGCUAAACAAGGUAGUCAAUUCUAUAGAGAGUGUGACAUCUAUGGAACAGUUGAUUUCAUCUUCGGAUUUGCAACUGCAGUUUUUCAGAAAUGCAACCUCUAUGGCCGUGUAUCAGAAUAUCUGAUAGUAACGUACACAGCACAGGGAAGACAGUCCUUAGAUCAGAAUUCAGGAUUCACACUGCAGGGCUGCAACUUUACAUUAGCACCCGAGGAUGGGUUAAGGACCAACAUAAGUGGAUUCCUAGGUAGACCGUGGUUUCCUUACUCGACUGUCAUGGUAAUGGAAUCGUUCUUGGAUAGGUUAAUCAGUCCUUCAGGGUGGGAAAAGUGGCCUAAUACAACUGAUUCGAAUGCAAUCUACCUCGAGUACAGAAACUGGGGACCGGGAGCUGAUACGAGUAGGAGAGUAAAAUGGUCAGGUUAUAAGGUGGUAGAGGAUGCAAGUGAGGCAUUGCCAUACACUGUUUCUCAGUUGAUCCAAGGAAAUGAAUGGAUCCCUGCAACAAAGGUUCCAUAUGAUAGUGAAUUUCUGUCAUCAUAUUAACAGAACAAUGCAUUAUUUUACUGUUCGUCUAACACUCUAACUUAUUGAUCUACUUCUGUCAAAGAAGGCAAAAUUAUAUAGUAGUAGGUAGAUUUUAGUCAUAGGUCAAUAUACAAUUAUUAGGUAGUGGGUAAUUAGUUAGGCUUUGUAUUGUUUCUUUGUUAAAAAAGGCAAAGAAAAAAAAUAUAUUCAAUUUUUUAUAAUUGUUCACAAUUAAUGUGCCACACCAUUUAUCUUCAUUUGAGAAUUUCAUUGGAAAUUUUGAUUGGGGUUUAUUGACACUACUGGUGUAUGAAUUCUAAGUUGAGGAAAAUUGGACUACUUCUUAUGUUCCAAAAUAAUUGUCACGUUUGACUUUUUAAGGUAAUUUGUUUUUUGUUUCCAUUUUUUUUUUUGGAAAUUUGAGUGUAUUUUGAACUUAUAUACUAGUAAAUAUAAACAACAUUAAAAUAAAAACUUGUUAAAUCGGUUACGCCAUAUAUCUUUAACAAAUCAAAAUUUAACAAUAUCUAUUAAUAAGUAGGCAUAUUUGACCAUUCAAAGAUUUAUUGUAUACCCGGCAACAACAAAUGGCAGAAACCUUACAAUGGACAAAAAAAUUACUAACUACAUCUUUUUAUUUCAUACAAUAAUUUUGGUCUCUGGAAGCAUAAUUAAGUAAAAAAAGUUAAGUUUUAUUACAAGAAAACUACUCCAUAUUAAGACUCAUACAACUACAAUCACUGAAUCACACAAGGAAUACACUUAAACUUUAUACAUUUAUAUUUGCUACUCACC